UAUAGAACUGACCACUCCUUUUCAGAGAAGUCACAGUCAGCAUAAAACAAACAGAGUCACUUGGCAGCCGCUUUACACUGAUGUCUGCUUCUGAGAUGGCAGAGGGACAAGGGAAUAAACUGACAAAAGAAGAGAGGUAAGCCGCAUUCUUUUAAUCAAAUUAUAGAUGUUUACUUGCUUAUUGAGACCCUUUGAAGACUGAUCCUGUCACAGGAACAUCAGCUACCAACACCUGUGUCCAAACUGGAUUUGUUUCUGUUGUGCUGUCACAUAAUAGUUAUGUUGUAAAGGGACUCUUAACAGUAGAGAAUGCAGCAGCUGGUUUCCCUUCUCCUUUUUUCUCGUGUGUUUCUAAAUAUUUUCAACAGGGCAAGGUUGUUACUGAUAAAACAAGCUUUCCCCCAAAAUGCAUUUUUCAUCUUCAACCAAGCCACAGAGUUUGUUACAGAAGCUGACGACAUUGAAGGACAUGAUCUUUUGGAAAAGAUGCUCCACAGCAUCUUGUUCUUAGGGAACAUUAAUGCUGCAAAAUACCCCCCAGAUGUCAUCUUUGUGGACAGGGAAAUAUAUGAUAAAAGCAAGAAGGCUUUCCCAAAACCAUUCGACAGAUACAACAGUCAUGUGCCUCUGCGGACACCUUUCUCCUACUUACUGGAAUUGAUUGUAAGAUACUACGGUGCACAUGAAGAAGAAGAAGAAAAUGAUCAAGAAAAAGAAGAAAGAGUGAAAGCUAUACUUUGUGAAAUAUUGAAUGGAUGUAAAAAGUCAGGCAUUCAAUACCCCUUGAUUUCAUCUGUCAUUUCCAUCUGUCACGUGUCCAAUAGGAGGUACUAUGGAGGGUCCCUGACCUGUCCAGGUGAAAUAGAGAGACAGAUCAUGACUGCUGUGUCCUGCCUGCAUGUUUGGCAUUCGUAUGUUUCGUCUGCUGUUUUGGGUGUGUUUCCUGAAGACACCACUGAGGCCAGGUUUCCAGAAGGUGACAUAAACCUGCCAGAGUCAGUUGUGUGUAGGGCCUAUGACAUAGAGAACCUCAGAGAGGUGAAACCUCCCUGUAUGCUCUGCCAUGAGCUUUAUUCUCUGCCCGAACACACACAUAACAGAAAUAAGCCUGGCAACUGUGCUGAAACUGAGGCAAUAAGUAGUCUUCUUAAAUAUGAGGAAAGGGUCAAAAGAGAAACUACAAUGAAGGGAAGUGUUCUCAGAAAAGAUGAGAUUAAGAAGAGAAUGAGUGCCUAUUUCGACAGUAAAAUGAAUGACAGGAUGUCAGAAAGGGGAAAUCGAGACAUUUAUGACAUCAACAAGAUAUAUGAUUAGUCAGCCAUAUGCAAGCUCAUGUUAGAAAAUUUUGAUUGAUUUGAAAUAUCUCAGUAAAGAAAUAAAUGUAAGAUGCCCUUAAUCAGCUUAAGGACAAGCAAAUAACAAUUCUUAUGACACAAAAUACCUGCAUAGACUUCAAAUGUAUUUCUGUUCUGUGUGAAGCUGUACAGAAUAAAAAUAAUUAAUCAUU